ACCCGAAGUCCGCAAGGCCCGCUCGGAGGUCGGUCGGUCGAACAAGAACGGUGGGGUCUGCACGUGCUCCACCGAUAAGAUAAGAGGUACCUGGCAAGCCCAUGAGCAGCGUGAAAUAAAUUUGCCAUCGGCGCAUUCAGGGACGAGUGUCUGUCUACCUAGGGGCGGUCUUUGCUGGCAGAAAUAUUCAAGAUCCAUCAGCUCCGGCGCAUUCAUUUCCAACUCUACCUACGCGUCGCGAUCGCUUUUAUCGGCAUAAUCCAACCGAGUCGCUCCCUACAAACGACCACAACCACACAACUAAUUUCCUUUACCACACAAUGGCUUUCCCCGGCGGCGGUGCGAUGCCUCCCCAAGAGUCGCAAGGCGGAUCCCCAGGCGCCCCGGCGUCCCUAGGCCCCCCGGAUCCCGAGAUGAAGGCUAUGACCAACUUUAUGGAGAACUGCUUUACCAAGAGUAUCAUGUCCGGCGUCAUGGGUUUCGGCAUGGGAGGAUUGUUUGGCAUGUUCAUGGCAUCUAUGUCCUACGACACCCCCUUCCACACAGCAACGACGGCCGGCCAAACGACGGUGACGCCCAUCGCGGACCUGCCCCUGCGCCAGCAGCUGCGCGUGGGCUUCAAGGACAUGGGCACGCGGUCGUACAGCAUGGCCAAGAACUUUGGCAAGGUCGGCGCGCUGUUCGCGGGCAUCGAGUGCGGUAUCGAGGGUCUGCGGGCCAAGAACGAUUUGGGCAACGGUGUCGCUGCGGGAUGUCUGACGGGCGGGAUCUUGGCCAAGAAUGCCGGGCCGCAGGCUGCGUUGGGCGGGUGUGUUGCGUUUGCGGCGUUUAGUGCUGCUAUUGAUGCGUAUAUGAGGCAGCCGAGCGACGAGUAGGCGUUGAGGGGGUUGCGGUUUUGAGGGUGAUGAGGGGAGGGGGGUAAGGGACGGCAUCGCCUAUGGCGGAGAGGCCGUGUGCCUGCUCCCCUUUCUGCUCUCCUUCUUGGGGAGACGGUGGGUCGUUGUCUGUACAUGUACCAACAAAAAGGCGGACGGAAGAUGUACGAUUUUGCAUUGCACGGCGUUACGGGAACGGUUCAGUCACAUCUUACUG